CCCGAAGGCCGCCAAGCCCCAGGCCGAGGAGGAGGAGGACAAGGUGGAAGUGGAGGCCGAGGGCGCUCCCGAGGAGGAGGGCGGCGCCCUCGACGCGGGCGAGCAGGAGGAAGGCGAGGAGGAGAGCGAGGAGGAGGCUCCUGGGCCUAAGAGGAAGACCAAGUCGCGGCGCCUGGAAGAGGCCCUCGCGAAGGGCGACGAGGAGGCCUCGGAGCCGAAGGGCGUCAUCUACCUCGGGCACAUCCCGAAGGGGUUCUUCGAGCCGCAGAUGAAGAAGUUUUUCUCGCAGUUUGGCAAGAUCACUCGGCUGAGGCUCUCGCGGUCCAAGAAGAACGCGGGGUCCAAGGGCUACGCGUUCGUGGAGUUCGAGGAGGAAGCCGUGGCGAAGAUCGUGGCGGAGACGAUGCACAAGUACCUGAUGUUCGGGAAGCAGCUUGUGUGCCACUUGGUUCCAAAGGAUCGGGGAAACAAGCAGCACCCCGCGCUGUUCAAGGGCUGCAAGAGGAGAAUGAUCAACCACGCCCCCUCCAGACGCAGGAAGGCCCGCGAGGCCUACAACAACCGCCCCACGACCGAGGUGGACGGCGAGAAGCUGCCGCUGACAACCGUCAGGCAAGUGGCCAGGCGCAAGAAGUCAGACAAAAAGCUCGUGGACGUGCUCAAGCGGCUAGAGGUGGACUUCGACCCCGCAGAGGCCGAGGGCAGCGACGCGGCCGGUGCCACCAUCGAUGUGGGCGCCGCCGACCCUGCCGGCGCCGCAGUCGGAGGUGCGCAGGUUGCGCAGGGCAAGAAGCGACGGCAGCCGCCCGGCGCCGCGGAGCCGGAGAAGGCGGCGCCGGCGGCGGGCGCCAAGAGCGGCAAGGCGAAGAAGCGGAGGGCGGCGUGA